AUGUCCUCCCAAACUGCUCCGGUCAUUCCUCCUCGACCGUCUCGAUCCCCACAGCCGCGUUCCUCUUUAGAAAUGCCUGGUAUCCCUCCACGCCCGGCUCACCGCCGCAUCGAUCGAUCAAUGUCUCCAAUGCGGAGCAGCUAUGCUCCAUCUCCUUUCAACGAAUGGAGUGGUCCGAGUUUGAGCCGGACCACGUCGAACGACAUCCCUCAGCUUCCCCAGCGCCCCCCGAGCGUAACAAUACCGUCCCUUGGCGAGGAAGGGAUUGAGUAUGCAGAUCUAGAUGUUGGAAACGUACCCGAAGGUCAUAACCAGGACCCGACAGAGACUCGUAACGUUAGCAGUGACCUCAAGAUUCAUGCGCCGAGACCCUCCUUGCCUACGUUAAGUGCUAAGGCCAAAGUGCAGGCGGUCACCCGCACAGACUCUCGCCAGGCUGCUGCUGCUGGCCUGGGCCGUGACAGCGAAAGCUCCCCCGCACUCGAAGAGCCGGAACGGGCCAGUCGAUCACUGCAUUCCCGAGCCAGCGGUUCGCGGGCCGAGUCGUCCACCGCUUCCUCCGAUCGCCGACUUUCCAUGCAGCCCGGAGAUGAACAUGGCUUCCGAGUACCUAUGUACCCUAAUGCUGGUGAUGUCCAAGCACCUUCUCCUAGCCCCUACUUGGACCAAGGCUCUCAACGCUCAGGUCGCAACCACCACCGUUCUCGUAGUGCCCGAGACUCCUCCUUGCCCCCGGGUAGUUACGGCCUGCACGGCCACGGUGUGCCAAAUGGUGAUAAGUUCGAGAAAGCCUGGUAUGAUAAGCACCCCGAUGAAUAUGUUAAGGAGGAAGGGCAAUACGGCCCUGGCGUGGGCACUCCUCGCCCCGAUUGGGCUCUGAGCAGUGACGAUCUGAACAAGAUUGUUCGAGGCCCAGCUGGCUCUACACCAGGCACUUCUCCUGAUGUUCAGGGAACACCUGAGGAGGAAGUUGGAUACCUUGCUUCUGAUGAAUAUAUGCACCGCAUGGCAUCUCCCCCACCUGACAACCGCCUUGAUUCUCAGCCCGCCAUAGAAUCUCCCCUCCGCCAGAUGAGCUUCCCAGCCUCGGAAAUCGAGCCUAAAAAUGCGCCUGCCUCCCCGCUGCGUCAUGUCAGGAGCAGAUCCCAUGGCAAUCAUGCAGAUAAUGACAUUAUCCACGUCGACAACCCGAGGCACCCUCUUCACCACCCAGAUGGAUUUGCUGCCACUCCAGCGCAAGAUGAGCCAACCGUGGCAGUUGAAGAAAGAUUCGAAGAAGAUGAACCUAUUCUGGCUGCUGAUGAAGCACGUCCCGAGUCGGCAUACCUCCACCCUGCAGUUUCACCUACUCGGGGAAGUUUUGAUGAGGAGUAUCGAAGCCGGACACCUAGUGUUUCACACAGCCGUUCUAACAGCAGAUCGGCCAGUGCUCAAGGAGUGCCAAAUUUGACUCGGUUUGACUCCCGUGAAAUGCAUGAUGAUAAUCACACCCCUCUGGAGAAUGUCGAGGAAUACGAGCCAUUGUUCCCAGACGAUGAGACCAAGAAGGAACGCCCCGUUUCAGUUGCAGAUCGUUUCAAACAGCGCCCUGAGCUGUCCAAGCACAGGUUCCCGAGUCAGGAUAUCUGGGAAGAUGCACCGAACAGUCUGCAGCUCCAUGCUACCGUCACAACCCCGGAUCUCCCCAGACGCGACUCCUCGGAUAUUUUUGAGACACCCGAACAAGAAGCCAUGCGCAGGAUGCAGAACUCUAAGAUUGAUUCUCACCAAGUAGCCAGUCAUAUUCUUGAAGGAGAGAGUGCUCGUGAAAGCCCCAAGGCCCCCAAGCGCCCCAACGCUAUCAAGCAGCGAUUCCCAAGUCAGGAUAUUUGGGAGGAUGCACCCGACAGCCAGCAACUGGUGACUACCGUCGAGCCCGUGGAAGAUGGGGUGAAAAGCCCAGAAGUACCCGCCAAACCCAGUAUCCCUACCCGCCCGCAGAAACAGCCGCAAAACACAUCACCGAUAGAGAAGCGUCAACCACCAGUCAUGCCUGGUCGCCCGAAGCCCCAGGUACCGGUUCGUCCCGCAAAGGCUAAUACUCAGGCACCGGCUGGCUCAGAUACCAAAGAGGCUUCUCUUGAAGGCCCAGCCGUGCCCAAAGCAAAGCCAGCAGUGCCAGCUCGUCCCGGUGGCAGCAAGAUUGCGGCUCUGAAAGCAGGAUUUCUCACGGAUUUGAACUCGCGUCUCCAGCUAGGCCCUCAACAGCCAAAACCCCAGGAGAAGGAGCCUGAACCCCCGGCAGAGAAGCAGCCACUAAGUGAUGCCCGCAAGGGCAGAGCUCGUGGUCCUACCCGGCGAAAGCCCGCUGCGGAGAAUGCCAAUGCUCGACUGCCGACUAUUCCAGAGAUCAAAAUUACAGAAACAUGGAACGUCUGGCAGCUUUGUGAAGAUGGCAAUCUGGUUGUCGGUGACGAGAAGAAGGUCACCAAGGCGCCAGAAGUAUCCAUUCCCGCUGAACCCACCAUGGCACCAGAGAUCGCAAGGAACAUUGCCGGUGAACCUGUUGACCCGACCCCGGCGCCUCCCGCGGUGAUCGAUGAGACUGCUUCUAAUGAUACUGGCGCAGCUCCCGAAAUUGAGCAGACUCUAACCGAAGACGUAGCCCCAGAGCAAAUUUCUGAGCCCCUUGUUGAGCCCCCAACUCAAUCAGACGAGCCGCAGUCCGAUCCAAAGGAAGAUGAGCCCUUGACUGAGACCACUCAAGCUCUUGUUGAAGAAGUCUCCUCCCCCAAAUUGGAGAACGCCCUCGAGGACAUGACUGCUUCGGCCGAUGGCAAGAAGGCAUCAGACGGUGAUAUACACGGCGUGGCAUCGUCAUCUUAG